AUGAUUUCUACAUAUGGUUCUUUUGUUGCAAUUGGACUUUUUGGUUAUACUGAAGGUUCAAAAGAACGUGUUGGAGGUGUAAAAAUUUUCUUUGAUAAAUAUUUAACUUCUACUGGUUCAGGAAGAUUUGCAUUAGUUUAUAAUUCUACUGGAACUACUACUUAUGGAUAUGCUGGAUAUUCAAUACAAAUGAAUAAUAAAGUUCUUUAUCUUGGAGGAAAAUCAGAAAUCCAAACAAAUGGUGUAUUAAAAGGAGUUUCUAUUGACAUUAGUAACUAUACUGCUAAAUAUUGUAUUGGUGUAAAUUGUGAAUGUGAUGUUGGAUACUUUUAUUCAACAUAUAUGAGACAAUGUUAUCCUCAAAUUGGACAAAGUACAGCAAUUAUAGUUACAGUUUGCUGUUUCUUGUUGUUCUUCAUUAUUAUUGCAAUUAUUGGUGUUUUAUUGGCUUAUUACAUGAAAUCUAAAGAACAAAAGAAAGAUACUGAUGACGAAGAUUAUCAACAUGACGAAGAAGCUAAUCCAAUUAUCGAAGACGAUGAUGAACCUCAUUUAGAUGGAUUCAAUGCAUAA